AAAUGAUCAACUCCUCAAUUCCUGCUCACAACAGCAACAGUCUUCUCUGUUCUCUCUAUCACUUUCUCGAGUCACCAAACACCCCCCCCCCUCCCCCCCUCCCUCUCUUUUUUUAUACAUAUAAACAAAACCCCUCUCAUUUUCAACAAUCCCAAAUUAAUUUCAAAUUUUACUCCACAUUUCCUCUCAAUUUUUUCCCAAUUCAUUCUCACUCAAAUCUAUUAAUUACAAAAAUGAGAGGCUCAAACUCAACAAUUAAUUCAAAUAUUCUAUCUCCAACAAAAUUGAAGUUAACAAUCUUCUGUUUUCUAUUCUUUUGCUUAGUUUUUCUAACUGUACGUUCAUCUUUCUCUUCUUCAUCAGAUAACUCCACCAAUCAAACCUUAAUUUCGUACGUGAAAUCCCAGAAAUGCCCUUUAAGUUGUACCAAAAUCCCACCAUCAUUAUCCGACGCAAUCAUCCACUACGCAACAUCCAACAUAACUCCCCAACAAACCGCCAAAGAAAUCUCCGUCACCGACCGCGUCCUCCGUCGCAAAUCCCCGUCAAAUUUCCUCGUGUUUGGGCUGGGCUACGACAGCCCAAUGUGGGCCUCAUUAAACCACGGGGGUAGAACCGUCUUUUUGGAGGAAAACGAGGGGUGGAUCCGUCAAAUCAAGGAGAAAUUCCCAACCCUCGAAUCCUACCUCGCCACGUAUGACACCAAAGUACGUCACUCCGAGACACUAAUGACGUCAGCAAAGGAGGCGAAGGAAUGUUCGAGUGUGGUCGAUCCUAGGGAAAGUAGGUGUAACUUAGCAUUGAAGGGUUUGCCAAAAGAGAUAUACGAAGUAGAGUGGGAUUUGAUUAUGGUGGAUGCGCCCACAGGGUACCACGAUGAGGCGCCCGGUAGAAUGAGCGCGAUUUAUACCGCGGGUUUGAUGGGGAGGAAUAGGGAAGAAGGUGAAACUGAUGUGUUUGUUCAUGAUGUGGAUCGUGUUGUAGAGGAUAAAUUCUCAAUGGAGUUUUUGUGUCAAGGGUAUAUGGUAGAACAAGAAGGAAGGUUAAGGCAUUUUACUAUUCCCAGUCAUAAGGCUCGUCUUGGUAGGCCUUUUUGCCCCCCUCCUAAACCAACUUCCGACUUGAUUAAUUAGAUUUAUUUUAUAUUUUGAGAUCGAUUUAUCAUUUUAAUAACUCUCAUAUAUACUACUACCUUAAUAAAUUUUCUUAUAAUGUGUUUUAA